CAUGGUAAUUGUCCUUUACAAAUCAACUUAACAUUUAUCAUAUAUUUUUAACUGAUAAUUAUAACAUAUAAAAAGUGUUUUUUAAUUACUAUGUCCUAUUUUAUCCAUAUCUUUAUUUUUAAAAAAUUUUUGUGUCACCUUGUUCAUAUCAUAUUAUACCCAUAUUAUGUGUUGAUAGGCUUCCUAGCUAACAGCCUAAACAUAGAAAUUUUACCUACUUUUAACUCCAUGCAUGUCAAGAAAAAUGAAAAACAUAGGUUGGGUUGGGUUAGGCCCGUUUUUAGGAUUAAACUUCUCAAUAUAAUCCUGUUAGUAUGAAUUAAUACACGUCCAAAUGUACCUAUCAGAUCAGUUGGUGUUUUCAAACCAAUCUUUUUCUCUACCAAACUAAACUCAAAUGUAUCUUGACCUUUUUUAUACAUUAGAAUUAUUGUAACUUGAUAACAAAGCCAUAGCCACUCAAUAUAACAAAGCAAUUACACUUCCAAUGGUUGCAUUUUCCUUCAACAACCGGUUUAUUUGGGUGUCUCACUUUUUCACUCACUGGCUCACCUUUUUGCUCUUUAUUCUAUUUCCCCCAUUGGCUGUUUAAUGAAGGAAUGAGAGACAAAAUGGAAAGAUUUGUUAUUCUUCCUUUCUCAGUUGGUUGUGUCUCUGAAUCAAGUGUGGCUGUAGCUGUGCAGCAUCCUGGAAGAUCAAAGCCUUCGGACACCAAUUCAACUGCGACAAGAACACGAGAGGAAGACGAAGAAAGUUUAUCAAGUGAAAGCAUGAAGUAUUCAUUGAAAUUCCUGCCUCUUCCAAAGCCUGACAUGUCUACUGGGUUUCACAGGUUGUUCAAGAGUUUCAAGACUUUAUCUCAAUUAUUUGCGUACAGGGAAGAGUCGGAGAAAGAUAUGGAAAUAGGAUUCCCAACAGAUGUAAAGCAUGUGACACACAUUGGAUUGGGUGGGUCUGCUGCAUCUACCAGCCCCAGCAUUGGCAGCUGGGACAAUCUAUUCUCACCUAAUCACUUGUUCGCUUUCCCUUCUGUUCCUUCGGGUCAGUGUGAAAUCCCCAUGGAAACACAAGCAGCAGCUGGCUCACCCCUUGUUCAAGCUUCUACCUAGACCAAAAAAAAAAACAAAAAAGAAAAGCUUAAUAGAUCAUGAUUGUUAUAUACUGGUGAAACAGUAUUGCCUUCACCAGAAUGAGUAAUAGUGGGUGUUGCUGAUGAUAAUAAUUAGGUAUAUUUAAGUGUCAAAAAAAUGGUUUAAAUUGUGAUGGAAUUCUCCCUCCCCUUGUUUGUUUUUUAGCUGUUACAAAGUUCCAUGGUGGGUGUAUAUGCUAAAAGAAAUUUCAUGGUUUUGUACGUAAUUAUAUGGUAUUAGAAAAAAAAUUCAGCAUUAUUAUUUGGAAAUUAUGAAAUUCUGUGGAUUUAACAUUCAAUCUUUGAGAACUAUUGUCAAUUGUUGUGCUAAAAGAAAUCCUUUAUUUUGAAUGGUUACUAUAUAUAACAGUAAAAGCUGAUAUUUCAUCCGUCAUGAAAUCUUCCACUGGAAUGCAUGUGCAUAGAACCAAGAAUGUCAUUAAUGACAGAUUGAGGAAUUCUAUUCAUAUAAUCUAAUUGCACUUCAUGAGUCUUUCGUAAAGUCACAUUCCCACAAGAUUCGAUAUAAGACUGAAAGUCCAGUUCUUCAUCUUCGUCUCUCUUCGAAUAUGUGA